GCAGCAGCAGGGGUAGCCACAUCCAUCUAUCCUAGCUAGCCAUGGCGGCGGCCGGCGGCGAGGCCGUGCAGAAGGCGCUGCAGUCGGUGGCACAGAGCACGGGGUGGACGUACAGCCUCCUCUGGCGCCUCUGCCCGCGCCAAGGGUACGACGCGCUGGUGUGGGCGGAGGGCCACUACAACGGCGCCAUCAGGACGCGCAAGACGACGGUGCAUCAGCCGGGCGGCGGGGAGGCCGGCGCCGGCGAGGAGGAGGAGGAGGAAGAGGGGGAGACGGCGGCAGCGGGGGCGGGGGCUGGCCGGGCGGCGCUGCGCCGGAGCCGGCAGCUCAAGGAGCUCUACGACUCCCUGGCGGGGGAGGCGGGCGCCAACAACGGUGGCGGAGGAGCGGGCGGCGGCGGCGGCGCGCAGCAGCAGCAGCAGCAGCAGGUGGUGGUGGUGGUGCCUCCGCCUCGCCGGCCCACCGCCGCGCUGGCGCCCGAGGACCUCACGGAGACUGAGUGGUUCUACCUCAUGUGCGCCUCCUACUGCUUCCCUCCUGCCGUCGGGUUGCCUGGGGAGGCAUUUGUAAGGAGAGUUCAUGUGUGGCUAUACGGGGCAAACAAAGUUGACAGCAAAGUGUUCUCAAGAGCAAUUCUCGCUAGGAGUGCAGGCAUCCAGACAGUAGCAUGCAUUCCAGUCAACGAUGGUGUCCUGGAAAUUGGAACUACAGAGAAGGUAGAAGAAGACAUUGGUUUAAUUCAAUAUGCUAGGAGUAUCUUCAUGGAUCAAAUUGGCGCCCACAUAAUGCCUACCCUCUCAGGCCAUUCAACUUCCACCGCCCCAACCACACACAUCAAUCAUCAGCCAUUCCAGACAAAAAUGGGCUGCAUUGGUGACAUAAAUGUGCAGAAAACUAGUCACAAUUCAGGAGACGAGCACCAUAACGAAAUGGAAGACGAUGGCGACGUCAGAAUUGACUUAUUACAGACCAAUACUGGAAAUGAUUCAAGCCGGCAUUCGCCACAGGACACUAAUGUAGGCAAUGAGCAGGGAACCCUCAAUGCAGGGAGCAGUGAGCUGAUGCUGACUGGGACGUCAGAAAGGGUAAGAGAUGGUUGUUCAAAGCAAGAGGAUGAAGAGAUACCAGUGCUUAUGGUUUGCCAGAACAACGGUAAUCUGGUAGCGCAGGAUGAAUUUGGUCCAUGGCAUGAUUUUGUCGACGAAGACCUAAGCAGUAAAUACCUACAAUCCUCAGCGGCAGAAGAUCAAGCAGUACUAGCGGAGAACGCACACUACGUCGAAACGGUCCUGGCAAUCUUACGGUUCAAUGCGUCCCGGCAAACCCAAGCAGCCUCAUCAAACACCAAAGCCUACCUGGCACUCUCCAAGAACUCGUCAUUUUCAAGAUGGACCACCAGCUGGAACCACAAGGCAAGCAACAAUGAUCUUCAGAGCAUGUUGAUCCCUGAUGAUGAAGGCGCCCCACAGAGACUGCUCAAGAGCAUCCUGCUCGGUGCCCCUAGCAGCAGCAGUCACCCGAGUUACAAAGGAGCUGACGCCGCCGUCCAUUCGUCACCGGAGCCGAGAGACGACGGCGAAGGCACCAGCCGGUCUCGGAGAGCGCCGCCGGUCCAGCCAGCUGAGCUGAGUGCCAGCCAUGUUCUCAAGGAGCGGCGGCGGAGGGAGAAGCUCAAUGAGAGGUUCGUCAUGCUUCGGUCCUUGGUGCCCUUCGUCACAAAGAUGGACAGGGCGUCGAUCCUGGGCGACACGAUCGAGUACGUGAAGCAGCUACGGAGACGCAUCCAGGAGCUCGAGUCGUCACGAGGUCGGCUGGUGGACAGCAACCCGAGGACGACGGCGAUGGCGCCGCCGCCGCCGCCGCCGGCAGCCUCAACGGAGACGACGAGGAGAGGUCAUCACACGAGCGGCGGUUACCUCGCGCGCGCAGGUACCGGCACAGGCACAGGCACAGCAGCGGAAGCGAGCGCUAGCGGCAGCUGCUGCAACAGCAGCGUCGGGGAGCACGAGCAUCAUCUGGCGGGUGACACGGAGGUGCAGGUGUCCAUCAUCGGGAGCGACGCGCUGCUGGAGCUCCGGUGCCCGCACAGGGAGGGGCUCCUCCUCCGGGUCAUGCAGGCGCUGCACCAGGAGCUCCGGCUGGAGGUCACCUCCGUCCAGGCCUCGUCAGCCGGCGACGUGCUACUUGCAGAGCUGCGUGCCAAGGUGAAGGAGGUGCAUGGCAGGAGGAGCAGCAUCACUGAAGUCAAGAGAGCAAUUCAUCUAAUCGUUUCAUCAGACUGAAUUUGUUAAGGAGAAUCCGUUGUGUGUAGCAUACUACAGCCUGGGUCCAUACAUAUAGAGACAAUAUAUGGGCCGGCCCAAUUCACACACAUACAUAUUACGUAUAGCCCAACAUUUUGCUAAAAAAAAAAUAUAACCCAACACUCCCAUCAAGAUGGAUAUAUGAAUAGACGAUAUCUAUCGUUACCACCUUGCAACAUGCUAUAUUACACUAUUUUACUGCUAAAUGCUUAGUAAAACAAUCUGCUAUUUGACAUUCUACUGAGCAUCUAUAUCUUACUUUUAAUGAAAGAGCGAUCGAUCUCCACAUAUUAUGUUAAUUGAUAGCCGAUUUGUUAUAACACAAGAGCUUAAAUUGUACUUUUCAUAGCAUAUUUAACUCUGACAGAAGUCUCCUAACCCAAAAUAUGUUGCUUAC